AUGGCGGAGGCGGCGGGUGGGCCGCAGCCGGGGGAUUGCCCAGGGAGCAGCAGCGCCCAGGCGGGCAGGGCCGCCGCCUGCCAGGGCUGCCCCAAUCAGGGGCUCUGCGCUGCCGGCGCCGCCCCGGCCCCGGCCCCGGCGGAGCUGUCGGAGCUGCGGUCGCGGCUGCGGGCGGUGAAGCACACGGUGCUGGUGCUCUCGGGGAAGGGCGGCGUGGGCAAGAGCACCUUCAGCGCGCUCCUGGCUCACGGGCUGGCGGCGGACGAGGCCAAGCAGGUUGCUCUGCUGGACAUCGAUAUCUGCGGGCCAUCCAUCCCGAAAAUGAUGGGUCUGGAAGGAGAACAGGUUCAUCAGAGUGGGUCUGGCUGGUCUCCAGUGUAUGUUGAAGAAAACUUAGGUGUCAUGUCUGUGGGGUUCUUGCUUAGUAGUCCUGAUGAUGCUGUCAUUUGGAGAGGACCCAAAAAGAAUGGUUUGAUCAAACAAUUUCUUCGUGAUGUGGACUGGGGUGAAGUGGACUACCUGAUUGUAGAUACACCUCCAGGAACAUCAGAUGAACAUUUGUCUGUUGUGCAGUACCUCAGUGCAACGCACGUCGAUGGGGCUGUUAUAAUCACUACCCCUCAGGAAGUAGCACUUCAGGAUGUUCGGAAGGAGAUCAACUUCUGCCAUAAAGUGAAACUGCCAGUCAUAGGUGUUGUGGAAAAUAUGAGUGGCUUUGUAUGUCCAAAGUGUAAGAAAGAAUCUCAGAUCUUUCUGCCGACUACUGGAGGUGCAGAGAAGAUGUGUCAGAAUUUAAGUGUUUCACUCCUGGGUAAAGUGCCUCUAGAUCCUCAAAUAGGGAAAUGUUGUGACAAAGGCCAGUCUUUCUUGUCUGAAGCACCUGAGUCUCCAGCUACGUCAUCGUACAGGAACAUCAUUCAGAGAAUUCGGGAGUACUGUGAUCAACACCAUCUUCCAGAAGAAAAGAUUAUUUAAUCUAGGAAUGGAAUAAAAAUGUAGUUCCUGUUUAAUUAUAGAAAAAUAACUUACGCCUUGAAAUAAUAGAAGGAAUGUAUUCUUUUUGUAUAUUGCAAAUAAAUUCUUAAUGCAAA